UUGAAGGUCUCGGCAAUAAUUGACGUCGAUAUCGUUCCGGAAGCUCAUCGUCGCGUAAGGCUCUGUAAGCACGGAUCGGAUCGUCCUCUCGGAUUCUACAUUAGAGAUGGCACGUCUGUGAGGGUGACAGAACGUGGUGUUGCCAAGGUGCAAGGCAUUUUUAUAUCACGCUUAGUUGAUGGAGGUCUAGCAGAGUCCACCGGACUCCUGGGAGUUAAUGAUGAGGUGUUGGAGGUGAACGGAAUUUACGUGCAGGGUAAAACUCUUGACCAAGUGACGGAUAUGAUGGUUGCCAACGCACAUAAUCUUAUCAUCACUGUGAAACCCGCAAAUCAGCGUAAUACGCUGCAACGAAAUACAUCGGGAAGGACCCCUAUGCCAGCUUUAGAUGCUGACUCGGAAUCAGACGGUGGCACUGAUAACUCGCGAUAA